AUGUUUCAGAUCGUUGCCGUAUCCCAGUCAGGAUAUUUGUUGCGAAAACUGCGUAAUUCCAACGGAUGGCAGAAACUUUGGACCGAGCUCACCUCUCAUACAUUAUUUUUCUAUAAAACGCAUAAGGACGACAUACCAUUAGCCAACUUACCACUGCUAGAGUAUAAGUUGGGUAUGCCAUCGGUAUCGGAUCAUGUAAAUCAUUCCAAUUGUUUUAAACUUGUCUAUUCAAAUCACGAGUACUUCUUCCGUACAUUCGGAUCAUAUUCAUUCCAAAGGUGA